CCCUUGAACGAGGAGUGAAACUGAACUAUCUAAGGAAAACACGGUGAGCAAACACUGAGCCCUAGAGAAAGCCUCUGAUUAGCAGGGUUCCCCUCGGCAGCGCACGCUGGGCGCCCAGUUUUGGCUGCAAGGAGGCAGCAGGGCCAGGGCUGAGGCCAUGUCCACCACCACGUUCCAAGUGGUGGGCUUCCUCCUGUCCUUGCUCGGCCUGGCCGGCUGCAUCGCUGCCACGGGGAUGGACAUGUGGAGCACCCAGGACCUGUAUGACAACCCCGUCACCUCCGUGUUCCAGUACGAAGGGCUCUGGAGGAGCUGUGUGAGGCAGAGCUCGGGCUUCACCGAGUGCCGGCCCUACUUCACCAUCCUGGGCCUUCCAGGUAGGUUGCAGGCAGUGCGAGCCCUAAUGAUCGUGGGGAUUGUGCUGGGUGCCAUCAGCAUCCUAGUGUCCAUCUUUGCUCUGAAAUGCAUCCGCAUUGGCGGCAUGGAUGACUCUGCCAAGGCCAAAAUGACAUUGACCUCUGGGAUCAUGUUCAUUGUCUCAGGUGUUUGUGCAAUUAUUGGCGUGUCCGUGUUUGCCAAUAUGCUGGUUACCAAUUUCUGGAUGUCCACAGCUAACAUGUACGGCACCAUGGGUGGGAUGGUACAGACUGUCCAGACGAGGUACACCUUUGGUUCAGCUCUGUUCGUGGGCUGGGUUGCUGGAGGCCUCACACUAGUUGGGGGUGUGUUGAUGUGCAUUGCCUGCCGAGGUCUGGUACCUGAGCAAACCAACUACCGAGCCGUGUCUUACCACACCUCAGGUCACAAUGUUGCCUACAACCCUAAAGGCUUCAAGGCCAGCACUGGCUUUGGAUCUCCUACCAAGACCAAGAAGAUAUAUGACGGGGGUGCCCAUACGGAAGAUGAGGGACAGUCGCAUCCUUCCAAGUACGACUAUGUGUAAUGCUCCAAGAACCUUGGGCAUAUGCAGAAGAAACUCUUCCUCAGAGAGAGCUCACCCAAAAAAAAGGAGGUUUUACUUGACUUUUUUUUGCUUUUAACUUACAGUUGGAAGUUAGUAAGGCCUUGAUUUCAUCUGCAGCGAGACCAGAUGGUCUUGGCCACAUAUGUGUCUCUGUCUCUAAAUAUUCCACCACAAGACAACUGAGUUAUCAUUUAUGAAUUAGAAGUUAUGUGGCUCAUGUUUUAUAAUUCUGUGUCUUUUUUAAAAUAACUCUUUUAAUCUGCUGUAGAAUGUGGUUUGCCUUCCUGACACUUUGAUGAUUUAAACAGUCUUUCUCCUCCUUCUAUUUAAUGAAUGCAUUGAUGAUCUAUUUCCUAGCUUAUGCCAAAGGAAAUUUUUGAAAGGAAAGGAAGCAAGUAGAUCAAAAGACAUUAUUUUCUGCUAUUUGAUUUUUUUCCUGUCUUCAUCUUCAACUUGACUACUAAUAAAUACUAAUUGGAGAAAAAAAUGAAAGAGGAAAGAUAUUUUUACUUUCUCCAGUCCAUUAUACGAGGUUUUUUUUUUUUUAAUGUUAUGAUCUUAAAAGUUACUGGACCAAAGUGAUUUUCAGUGAGGCAACCAAGCCUUUCUGGUUCCGUUGACAUCUGCUGAAUUCCAGCAAGCCUGCCCCAGGGGUUUCCUGGGCUCUGCACUGGAGACUCACCUUCUGGGACAAGUCAGAAAUGGUCCCCACUGGAAUGAUAAAAGGAUUUUUUUUUUUUUUUUGGUAAUCUAAGUCCCAACUAUAUGUUAGAAUAAGUAAUGUAUUAGAAAACUGAUAUACUAAAUCUGUGUCACCCUUAAAAAUAUAGAUAAAAGAAAAUGAAAAAUUUUGUCUUUGAUAUUGUCUGUAUUUCACUUUGUAAAGUCACACAUAAGUCCAAAUUCUACAAAAAGCUUCCUGACCCCAAUUCUUUCCUUUUGAGGUUUCCAUGAUUCUGACUACAAAUAAAAAUGAGUACAACCCAGCUUUAAAAAAAAAAGAAAGAAAGAAAAGAAAUACAGCAAGCCCUCAGAAAGUUGGUUAAAAACCAGUUCUUUUUAAAAAUGGUAAGCCUAAAUUUAACCUUAUAUUUUCACUCAUGCUACAGGUCACUGCCAGUUGACAGCAGCCUCUGACACCAUGCUUAGUUUUGUAACUCUUGACAGCUGUCUCCCUCACCAGAUUCACCUAGAAUAGGUAGAACAGUGGAUGUAUAGGCCAAAUCAAAAGUUCUUUGCAGUCACAUGCCUUCCCUGGGUUUGUUUACUAUUGUUUGUAACAGAAAACCUCAAUUCCUUCCUGUACAUAAGAAUUUCUUCUCACCACCAAAGCCAGAAUAGGCUCCAUGGGAAACGGAGGUGGGGGCAGUCUCUUAAAACUACCAAACUAGGCUAAGGAAUUAUCUCAGCAGCAUAAGCACCUUCUUAGCAAGCAUGAGGUUGUGAGUUCCAAUCCCUAGUACAAAAAAAAAAAAAAUCCUGCCAAACCAGAGAGCAGCAGCAAUACUAUGAGACUGUCCAUCUGGUUAUUAUUGGGGGGUAGGAGAGCCCUUACAUCAAUAGUAUAUAUGAAAUCAGCCCAGAGGGCUUGGUAAAUAUUCAAAGGAGGUCUUCAGGCUGAACAAUGUUUUGAUAAACACUAGAUUGUGAUUCACUGAGCAGUAGGAGCUAUGUCCACCAAAACCAGAGAAGUAAACUCAGAGAUUUUCACAUUUCUGCACUUUUAUGCAGUUUUGACAGGGCACUCAAGGAAUUUAUUGGCUGAGGUAGGGUAAAAAAUAAACAGAUAAAUAAUUUUAGGGAAAAAGUGAAAGAUAAGCCAUCUAGAGCUCAGAUUGUUAAGAGUUCUCAGGAACUGAGUGGAGGCUUCCUUUGAGUUGAAGACCAUGAGCAAAAUGAGUUUUAUCCCCACACACACCGCCCAUCAGAAAUUUCCUGGCCAGAUCUGAGGCAGUGAGGCUCAGCUGAGUUUCUUAUUAGCACAUGUGUAUCAACAUUCAUUGUUUAAAAGUCUCUACAUCAUUAGAUUGCGCUUUAUAAUGUUUCAUUGUUAUUCUCUUAUUGUAUAUGCAUUGAGUAUUAACUUGUAUGUUUUGGUAAUUAUUAAAAGCACUGCUUUCUUCCA